AUGGUUACUGCUUACGAUUACCCGUCGGCGGUUCAUAUCGACACCGCCGGCAUCGAUAUUUGUCUCUUCGGUGACUCUGCCUCUAUGGUGGUUCACGGCCACGAUACCACUCUUCCGAUUACGCUCGAUGAGAUGUUGGUGCAUUAUCGUGCGGUGGCGCGUGGUUCAAAACGGUCGUUGCUCGGCGGUGACCUUCCUUUUGGCAGUAGAUACAGCAGUCAGGGUGCUGAUGCAAUCAAAUUAGAAGGUGGGGCGCCAUCAAGAAUCACAGCUGCAAAAGCCAUUGUCGAAGCUGGAAUUGCAGUUAUGGGGCAUGUGGGGCUUACCCCUCAGGCCAUUAGUGUUCUUGGAGGGUUUAGGCCUCAAGGGAAGAACGUUGCUGGUGGUGUCAAGGUUGUGGAGACUGCCUUGGCUUUGCAACAAGCUGGGUGUUUUUCUGUUGUUCUGGAAUGUGUGCCUGCUCCUGUGGCUGCUGCGACUACAUCUGCUCUUCAGAUACCCACUACUGGAGUUGGGGCUGGGCCUUUUUGCGGUGGGCAGGCGCUUGUUUACCAUGAUCUACUUGGAAUGCUACAACACCUUCAUCACGCCAAGGUUAGUCCCACAACUGUUAUUCCGGGAUGCUCCUCCUCUCACAGGUUACCCCAAAGUUCUGUAAAACAGUAUGGGCAGGUUGGCGAUAUUAUCAACAAAGCUCUUUUGGAGUACAAGGAAGAAGUGGCCAAUGGAUCUUUCCCCGGCCCUGCCCAUAGCCCAUAUAAGAUCAGUGCUGCUGAUGUUGUAGGUUUUUUAAAUGAACUGCAGAAGCUAGGUUUGGAAAAGGCAGCAUCUGCAGUUGCUACGGCAAUUGAGAAGAUUGAGACCACUGAUGGAGGUAGCCCAAGAAGGGGAUAA